AUGCUGUCGUGCCGCCUCCAGUGCGCCCUGGCCCUGCUCUCCAUCGCCCUGGCCCUCGGCACCGUCUCGGCCGCCCCCUCGGACCCGCGGCUCCGGCAGUUCCUGCAGAAGUCCCUGGCUGCCGCCGCCGGGAAGCAGGAACUGGCCAAGUACUUUUUGGCAGAACUGCUCUCAGAGCCAAGCCAGACAGAAAACGAAGCCCUGGAGUCUGAGGACUUGUCCCGAGGGGCUGAGCAGGAUGAAGUGAGACUGGAGCUGGAGCGCUCGGCUAACUCAAACCCCGCUCUGGCACCCCGGGAACGCAAAGCGGGCUGCAAGAACUUCUUCUGGAAAACUUUCACAUCCUGUUAG